CGGAACGCAGUGACGUGUCGGUAUCGGCUGGGUUGUUGGCACGAGCAUGCCGUCACUAGCUACGUGGCUAUAUUUCCACUGCAGUACGAGCUUGUUCUCGCUUAGUGGUGGCCCAGGGCGGUGCACGUCAGGAAUAGUGCAUGUUAUGGUAAUCAAAGUUUUCAGACCUCAGCUGAGGUCAAACACGCUUUCAGGCGGCGCUCUGUUGAUCCUCCUGUUCAUCUUGAGAACAGGCCACACAGAUUUACGUGAAUCCUUGAUUCUGAUACUGAUCCAAGCGGAUGAGAGCAUUCUUUUGACUUUGUACACACUGUAGGCGAUCUCAGGAAGCUUCAAGCAUACCAAUGUGAAGGAUGACUGCUACAGAAACCGGCUAUUACAUCAAUCACCAUCACCCUCUUCCGAAGCCGGCAGUUUUUGAAAUCUACCUUGAAUCAGCUCCUUACCCGUUGUCAGCAAAUAUCCUGUCAAUGUGGAGGCUGUUUAUUCGGACAAACAGCAACGAGAGAAUGACAGUGCGCAUUCG